GAAACAGAGGAAGACGAAUUAGAAAAACCCCAAUGGACUUUCAAAGCGUGGAUGUUUUAUACUCUCAUCUUGUUUAAUAACUAUGCACUAUUAUCACCGGAUUCUACGCUAUUUUCCACGCGUAUUUGGGUAAUAACUGUCUCCAAAAAGCAGCGCAGUGAGCGGCGUGUCACCUUGAAUGUUCCUACCUCCAACUGUCAACGUUACCGCGCGUAAACGAGCUAAAAGACUAGUGUCCAAGCUCUGUUGACCGAUAAUUUAGGUUAUUUAUGAAUCAUUUAGGCUUGUGUUUUUAUUAUAGGAUUGUAGCAGUUGGAAAAGUCUCCUAAUAAAACAGUAGUGGAGGUAGAAUGGGUGUAGUGCUGCGUAAUCUCCAGAAGGUGGUGCCAAUUCGACGCGCCAGGCUGCGUAAAGACGUGGACACGCUACGUCACAUACUGGGGAUCCAAAAGUUUGACCUGGGCAUCAUCUGCGUGGACAACCAGCGAAUACAGCAGAUCAACAGCCUCUACAGGAAGAAAAACCUGCCCACGGAUGUUCUGUCGUUUCCUUUUUACGAGGAUAUCCGACCCGGAAAACUUCCCUGUCCGCUGCACAGAGACGAGCUGAAUUUGGGAGACGUGUUCCUCGGAGUCGAGUUUGUGAUGAAACAAUGUCAAGAAGAAUCCUUAGAUUUCCACGGUGCUCUUACCGCAGUCACGGCUCAUGGCAUCUGUCACCUGUUGGGUUAUCGACACGAAACUGACGAAGAGUGGACCGAGAUGUCGCAGAGGGAGCAGUACAUCCUGAGUGAGUUUAACAGGCUCACAGGGCGCCGCCUAGAGCCCAUGAUGAAGAAGUGCAGCCAGGACUCGAGAUGAAGAGCGCUCACCAGAACUAACGCUGCGUUCAGCGCCUCUCAGGAUUCUGAGUUCAGAUUUACGAAACUCUGAAAUGUUCUGGACGCAUCAUGAGCCGAAUAAUGAGCCUGUGUGAGAAAAGCACCGCGGUUUAAAUCCAAACACAAACCGACACAAAAACGACACAAACUGACACAAACCGACACAAACUGACACAAACUGACACAAACCAACACAAACCAACACAAACCGACACAAAAAUGACACAAAAAUGACACAAAAAUGACACAAACUGACACAAAAAUGACACAAACUGACACAAAAAUGACACAAACUGACACAAACCGACACUACAAGAACUGCAACAAGCAUUUUUUUUAUUUUAUUUUUUUACAAAAAUAUUUACAAUAAUUUUAGUAAAAUAGAAUCUACUUAGUUUUAUCAAGAAUUUACAUAGUUUACAAAGUCAGGACUAAACCAGGACUAAACCAGGACUAAACCAGGACUAAACCAGGACUAACUACACUGAAACCAUAAAUAUCUUUUGUCUCCACCUGUUGUUCUUUGCCUGGGUCUGAGGAUGGUGUUAUAGAUGAGGAUGGAUUAUGUCUAAGGCACAUUCCUGUUUAAAGAAGGAUGGUCUUUCCUCACAAAAACAUCUUCUUUAUCUCUCCUCUCAGACCAUUUCUUUUCUGUGGCUCAGAUCUGAACCUCACUCUGUUCAAAGCAGUGGUCAGUGUCUUUGAGAUGGAGAUGAACAGCAGACUGUGGUCCUGAGCUGCUCUUUGUCGUGUUGGUUCAUUCUUUUAUGGAGAUGAACAGCAGACUGUGGUCCUGAGCUGCUCUUUGUCGUGUUGGUUCAUUCUUUUAUGGAGAUGAACAGCAGACUGUGGUCCUGAGCUGCUCUUUGUCGUGUUGGUUCACUCUUUUAUGGAGAUGAACAGCAGACUGUGGUCCUGAGCUGCUCUUUGUCGUGUUGGUUCACUCUUUUAUGGAGAUGAACAGCAGACUGUGGUCCUGAGCUGCUCUUUGUCGUGUUGGUUCAUUCUUUUAUGGAGAUGAACAGCAGACUGUGGUCCUGAGCUGCUCUCUCUCGUGUUGUACUGUCUCUUAUGAAGUCUCUGUUUAGUUUCUCCAGUCUAACGCUCACUUUACUCCUCACUGAAUGUGUACGGCUCGGGGUUUUGUCCUUUUGUACUACUACUUCUAAUACUCCUGCUGCUACUACUACUACUACUACUACUACUACUGCGUUCACACUGUAGGAGCCGUGGUGCCGGUUUCACACAGGGUUAAAUGGUUGAUUUUCCUGACGGUGCUUGACUAAACUGCUGUGAUAAUCCAGAUGAACUGCCUUCCUGAUCCUCCAGUGUUUGCACUUGUUCCAGGUCCUAUGUUCUGCAUUUUACCACAUUAUAAAGUUUUUUGUUUUUGUUUCAUUCACGAAUACUUAAGUAAUGCUGUAGUGUAAACCUAAUGUACAAACUCCGACACCCGGUGGUAAGGUAAAACCCGGAAGGUAAAAAAAGUAACUUUUUAAAUGAGUUUUUUGUUGUUUUUUUUUUUACUUCCUGGUUGGACACAUCUGCAGCGGUGGAAGAAAACAAAGUCAAAGUAAUGUGCUGUACUUAACUAUACAUUUUCUUGAGUACAUUUUACGGUGUGUACUUUUUACUUUUACUUGAGUACAUUUGAGAGCAGUAUCUGUACUUUCUACUCCACUACGUUUUUGAACAGGACUGAAAAGUUAAAGUACUUUUUAUUUUACUUUUUUGAGACCUACUGAAACGUCUGAGGGUUUGUUUUUAACACGUAUUUGUAUUUGUAUUUUUUACUUGAAUAACAAAAUGGAGUAUUUCUUCCACCACUGCAGAGAUGUGGAGGUGAUGCCAUAACUGUUACCUAGCAACCACAAUGUAAACAAGAGACGACACUUAAAGGGGCCGUAUUACUUUAUUUUCUGAUCUGUUCUAAUGUUGUUUCCUCAUCACAAACGGAGCUGGAGUUGUGUUGUUUGUUUGUUUUUUUGUUUCAUUCUCACAUUUUUUUGUUUCAACACACAAACAAACCUGCAGAUUUAGGCUGAGUUCUACUUCUCUCAAAUUGAAAACACUCUGUUCCACCUUGUGAUGUCAUCAUGUGAUACAGGAAGUGCUCCGCUGUGUUUUUAAACUCCACACACCUUCAUUUCUAGAAUCAUUUGGAUCAUUUCAGCUUCUGGAAUUAUUAAUCUCCUACUGAACUAAAGGUAAAAAGUAGGAGGAGUUAACUUGAAAACUACCACUUGAUGACAUCACAAGGUGGAACAGAGCGUUUUGAGCUUUGGAGAUGUUACAGACUAAUAAUAAAGUGUGACUCAAACAUGUGAAUGAAACAAAACACAACUCCAGGUCUGUUUUUGAGGAGGUUAGAACACGACUUAAAGUGACAGGAGUCAGUUUAGUGUUUUAUUUAAACU